AUUCUUACGGAAAUCUGUUAAUUCUAUUUUUUGAGUACUUAUGAAUAACCACGUAUCUUCAAAAGCAUCUGCCAUGAAGCUCAAACAGACCAUCAACCCCAUUCUUUUAUAUUUUAUACAUUUUAUAAUAUCACUUUAUACUGUUUUAACAUACAUUCCAUAUUAUUUUUUGUCUGAGUCAAGAGAAGAAAAAUCAAACCGAAUUAAAGCAAAGCCUGUAAAUUCCAAACCUGAGUCUGCAUACAGAUCUAUUAACAGUUUGGAUGGCUUGGCCUCAGUAUUAUUCCCUGGAUGUGAUACACUAGAUAAAGUUUUUAUGUAUGCAAAAAACAAAUUCAAGAACAAAAAACUCUUGGGAACACGCGAAGUUUUAAAUGAGGAAGAUGAAGUACAACCAAAUGGAAAAAUUUUUAAAAAGGUUAUUCUCGGACAUUAUAAUUGGCUCUCCUAUGAAGAUGUCUUCAUUAGAGCUUUUAAUUUUGGAAAUGGCUUACAGGUGUUGGGUCAGAAACCAAAGACCAACAUUGCCAUCUUCUGUGAAACCAGGGCCGAAUGGAUGAUCGCUGCACAGGCAUGCUUUAUGUAUAAUUUUCAGCUCGUUACGUUAUAUGCGACUCUCGGAGGUCCAGCAAUUGUUCAUGGCUUAAAUGAAACAGAGGUGACCAACAUCAUUACUAGUAAAGAACUCUUACAGACAAAGUUGAAGGACAUAGUUUCUUUAGUCCCACGUCUGCGGCACAUCGUCACUGUCGAUGGCAAGCCACCAACCUGGUCUGAGUUCCCCAAGGGCGUCAUCGUACACACCAUGGCCGCAGUGCAGGCUCUGGGAGCCAAGGCCAGCAUGGAUAACAGACCUCAGAGCAAACCAGCGCCGACAGACAUCGCAGUAAUCAUGUACACCAGCGGCUCCACGGGGCUGCCCAAGGGCGUCAUGAUCUCCCACAGCAACAUCAUUGCUGGCGUGACGGGGAUGGCGGAACGGAUUCCGCGCCUGGGAGAGGAAGACAUUUACAUCGGAUAUUUGCCUCUGGCCCAUGUAUUAGAAUUAAGUGGUGAGCUCGUUUGUCUUUCUCAUGGAUGCUGCAUUGGCUACUCAUCACCACAGACUUUAGCAGAUCAGUCUUCAAAAAUAAAAAAAGGAAGCAAAGGGGAUACAUCCAUGUUGCGGCCAACACUAAUGGCAGCGGUUCCGGAAAUCAUGGAUCGGAUCUACAAAAAUGUCAUGAAUAAAGUGAAUGAAAUGAGUAGUUUUCAACGUAAUCUCUUUAUUCUGGCCUAUAAUUACAAAAUGGAACAGAUUUCAAAAGGGCGUAGUACUCCCCUGUGUGACAGGCUUAUUUUCCGGAAAGUUCGAAGCUUGCUCGGUGGAAACAUUCGGAUUCUGUUGUGCGGGGGUGCUCCACUGUCCGCAACCACACAGCGAUUCAUGAAUAUCUGCUUUUGCUGUCCUGUUGGUCAGGGCUAUGGACUCACCGAGUGUGCUGGAGCCGGAACGAUCACAGAAGUGUGGGACUACAAUACUGGCAGAGUGGGAGCGCCAUUAGUUUGCUGUGAAAUCAAAUUAAAGAACUGGGAGGAAGGUGGGUACUUUAAUACCGAUAAACCACAUCCCAGGGGUGAAAUUCUUAUUGGUGGCCAAAAUGUGACAAUGGGAUACUACAAAAAUGAAGCAAAAACAAAAGCUGAUUUCUUUGAAGAUGAAAAUGGACAGAGGUGGCUCUGCACUGGAGACAUCGGAGAGUUCGACCCUGACGGCUGCUUAAAGAUUAUUGACCGUAAAAAGGACCUCGUAAAGCUGCAGGCAGGGGAGUAUGUUUCUCUCGGGAAAGUAGAGGCAGCUCUGAAGAACCUGUCACUGAUAGAUAACAUUUGCGCAUAUGCAAACAGUUAUCAUUCUUAUGUCAUUGGAUUUGUUGUGCCAAAUCAAAAGGAGCUAACAGAACUAGCUCGAAAGAAAGGACUUAAAGGGACUUGGGAGGAACUGUGUAACAGCUGUGAAAUGGAGAACGAGGUACUGAAAGUGCUUUCUGAAGCUGCUGUUUCAGCAAGUCUGGAAAAGUUUGAAAUUCCAGUAAAAAUUCGUUUGAGUCCUGAACCGUGGACCCCUGAAACCGGUCUAGUGACAGAUGCCUUCAAGCUGAAACGCAAAGAGCUUAAAACACAUUACCAGGCGGACAUCGAGCGAAUGUAUGGAAGGAAAUAAUUAUUCUCUUUCAGUAUCAGUCUGCUACAGGGAGCUCAGAUCAAAUAGGAAAAUACUUGAAAUGCAUGUCUCAAACUGUGAGGCAAAAUUCCAUUCCUCAUAUUAAAUCUAAACUGUUAUUUCUCAUGACAUCACCAUUUUUAACUGACAGGAUGAGUAAAAUAUUAAGACAGCAAACUUGUGUCUGUCUCUUCUUUCUUCUCCUCCUGCAAUUUGCUUUACCACCUGGGACUGCCCUUGUCAGCAUGAGGACUUUUCUGAAUCAUAUUGAGGAACAGUGAUUUUAAAACCUCGAGUUUUUAAACAUGAUUUAUAUGUUCUGUAUAAUGUUCAGUUUGUAACUUUUUAAAGUUUGGAUGUAUAGAGGGAUAAAUAGGAAAUAUAAGGAUUGGUUAUUUGGGGGGCUUUUUUACUUACAAAUAUUUAAAAAUGUAAGGGUAUGGAUGUGAAAUUAUGUAAAUUUCAAAUGCUUAUGAAUCAAAUCAUUGUUGAACAAAAGCUUUGUUGCUGUGUAAUUAUUGUCUUGUAUGCAUUUGAGAGAAAUAAAUAUACCCAUACUUAUGUUUUAAGAAAUUGAGACUUUGUGAAUAUAUGCCUGACAGUGUCUUCUUUAUAUAUUUAUUUUUAUUAGAAAAAAAUGAAGUUUGGUUGGUGCCGCAUGAAACAAAAUAGCAGGAGAGGGUUAUGGCUUAAUACUAAAGAAGCAAAUAUAGCAAGUGUAACACCAGUGGAUAAUUAGUCUCUGGUAGCUUACCAUGAAAAUUUUCAGAGCCUUCUAGUUAGCUGUCAAAACCAGGACCAUAUCAAACUUUUAGAAUUGGACAGAUUAGAACCUAAAAGAAGGAUAGAAAGUUAUUCUUUAUUUUACUGACCAUAUGUACAUUGAGUUGUCUAUGUGUCACAUUUAUAAUGGAAAUUUACACUCUGCAGCCCUCCUACUUUUAGUGUAGAGGUUUAAUAUUUUUCACUUGAAAAUUAGAAUUCUCUUUUGAUAGUUUGCACUGGUGUGUGUGCGUGUGCGUGUGUCUAUUGGUAGCUUACUAAAAAACACGCUUUCUACCAUUACCUUUCUACACUAGAAAAUGAAAUAAUUUAGAAUGCUUCGGAUAAUAGUAUUCUUACUAAUUUACAUGAAAACUUAAUGAGGUAAGAUUUAAUUUGUAGGUUUUUAUGUCAGUGUGCAAGUUAUUUGUGAUCCUAAAAACAUUGCUUGUAUGAUACAUAGUCUUUUUAUAUGUAUUGCUUGUCUAUUGUUAUUUGAGCAUUAUUAAGAGUAAUAUUGCACCAAUUAAGAUGUGUUCAAAUCAAGACUUUAAUUAUUUUCUUGAUUCUUGUCUACUUUAGACAUCAAAAGGCAAAAAAAAAAAAAAAAAAAAAGUGGAUCUGUGUUGAGGACCAAAGGCCCUAUAGUUUUGGGGCAUAUGACAAACACAUCAUACUUGGAGAUAUUGCAAUAUGGUGUUCUGUUUUGAACUUUACUUGUAUUCUUGUAUAUUUGUAUUAUGUUUUCAGUGUUAUUCUCCUUAUUAUAGUUUAUCAUAAAAUUUGGAAAGAAAUCACCAAGAAGUAAAAAUAUGAAGGAAAUUGAAUGGAGCCUCUUCUGUAUCAGGAUGUCGUGAUCUAAAAAUUAAAGUCGGGAUAGGUUGAAUUUUUUCAGAUGCUUUAUCUUCAGAAUAAUUGUUUGCUUUCGAAUGAUUUUAAAAGGUCAUAUUUAGAAAAAGAAGAUUCAAUGCUUCAACGGAGAGAUAGUGCAAAUUGUGACUUGAAAUAGUGUCAGAUGGAUAUAUAGUUUAUCACUGAUGUAGAAUAAAAGUUGUUUCUUUUCAGAAACAUCUAAUAAGGCUGAUUUAAUCUGUAUCGCGUUUCAUUUUUCUCAUUUUUAAUAAUUCCUUUCAGUCCUAGAAUACCAAAUGCCAGGUGUAGAUGUCACAGCAGAUGUCACAGCAAAUAUGAAAUCAAAUAAGUAGAAUCCCCUUUCAAACAAAUUACUUUCUAACCCAAACCACCUUUAGUGACUUGAAAAAUAGUAUGUUUUAAUAUUACCCUUUCAAAAACAAAAAAAAUUGGUUGAUUAGAAAAACAGUAAUCCUAUUAAAAGAAAUAAUAGUAGAACCAGAAGAUACUUGGGGAGGAAAACUUGAAAUUUCAAAGAAAAUUCCCAAAUCUGUUACACACAUCUGAAUACAAACUAUAGAUCCUAAAAGAAUGGAUCCUAAGAGCUGUUGUUUUCUAGAGAUCAGCUCUAUGAAGACUCCUGAACCCUUCUCCGUUCAGUAAGUUGAGCAGUUUCAAGCUGGUACCUCCUCAUCUCUCCCUACAUGUACCCCUCCCACGUCCCCCGCCGGUGUUUUUUAACUUAAAUUUCAUUAACCCGUUUCCCGUUUGCCCCGAGAACAUUCGCCUGCAAUGCUUGCAGCUGCAGCAUUUACCCUGAGAUAACUCGUGGAUUACAGCCCUAACCUCACUCCCAAAGUUUGCCAUGAACUAUCUUGCUUUUAUUAUUAUUUUUGCAUUGCUCUAGUAUAUCAAUAGUCUUUGGAAACAAAUGACAUCAUUCUAUUGAUAGCAUUCUGGUUUUAGCAGUGGUUAAUUCCAUUUACAAAAAUAUAGUAAUUCUUGAUCGCUGAAAAUGCCAAAUCCUAGAAAAUGCAGCUUUCCUGCACAAGAAGUUAGCAAACUUUUUCUAAACAGGAAAAGGGUUAAAAAUUGUACCAAUAACAAAAUUGAAGGCGAUAUCUACUUUCUAAGUACGACUUUGUUAUUAAGUAAUGGAUUUGGUUUUUACGAUGUUCUCUAAAGCUUGCAAGUUUUCAUCAGUGUUUAAAAACAUGAACCUGGCAUAACCUUCCUGCCAACAUUCCAAGAGUUUAUAGUUUUAAGCAAUUAGCCCUGUGAUAUAACUUUAAUACUUAAAAAAAUCGCUUUGUGGGCUUUCUUUGAGUAAGAAAAGUGUACAUCUGUGAUGUUAUAAAGGGGGUCUACUUUUAGACUGUCGUAUUGGACCAUACUGAAAUGUAACAUGAUUUCUAUACUUAAAAAUUGAUUGUUUACUGUGAUUUCAUUUUCAGUGUUUUCUUGGUUAUUGCCUGAAGAAGUGUAUAUCUUAAACUACAUGGUGUGGACUUUGUAAUUUGACAUGAAGUUCGAAGAAUAAAGAUAUAUAAAAACA